AUGACUGCCGUACUUCAUCAACCUAAUCUUACUGAAGGUCUUACUUUACUCGGAUGGAGAUUAAAACGCGAUGCUGAAAUUCGAGAACGCAAAGAUGAAUCAAAUUUUGAAUGUGAAGUUGAACCAACAUCAACAUCAUAUGCUGCAUUUGAAUAUAUGUCAACAACAGAUGAUGGUUAUGAUCCAUAUGCUGGCCUUAAUAUUGAUCUUUGUCUUGAAGUUGAUGCUAUUGAUUUGAAUAAUACAAGUCAACAAACAAAUGAUGAUUAUGACCCGUAUGAAGUUUUCAUGAGAAUGAAUACACGUCGAACGGUAACGGGACGUGAACGCGCUCCACUUGCAUUAUUACCAUCGCAUUCAACAACGACUGCACCUCUAGUCAAUAAUUAUCGGUAUUAUAAUUUUGCUGAUGAUGAUACACCUGUAAAAUAUCCAUUAGCUAUUGGACAUAUUGAUCGACGCUUAAAACAACAAAAUAUUCGUGGCGGGUUUACAUCACGAUCAUCAUUUGAUGAAGAUCGUCGAUCUCGUGGUGGUGGCGUCGUUAGUGGUGGCGGCGUCGGCGGCAAUGGUGGUGGUGGUAGUAGUAGUAGUGGUAUUGGUGGAAUGUCCAAUCGACCAGUCAUCCAAUCUUCGUCAUCAACAGCGCCGCCUUAUCGUCAACCAUCAGCAAUCAUUCCUCGCCGUGGUGGUUUAUUACAAUCCUAUAGUAGUACACGUGGCAAUAAUCCUCAAAUACGUCGUAAUAUUCCUCCACCACCGCGUCUUUAUCCUCGCUCAGAAUAUCCUCCAAGUGCAUCAUCAAAACGUGUUACAUUUCGUCAUUCAAAUGAUUUUAAUUCAGGUGAUGAUUUUGAAGAAGAUGAAGAAGAUGAUGAUAGCUUAGAAGGUGACCUUCAUCAACCAAUUGUCCGUCGUAAUAAACCACCAAGACGUACAGCCGCUAGAAUAGCUGUUCAACGUUUUCGUUCAAAUAAUCUUCGUUCAUCAAUUGUUGAUGAUGAUCUUGACGAUGAUAUUGCACCGACUGUCACUGAAAUGGAUAUGUUAGAAGAUCAAGAACUUGAUGAAGAGGAAACAAAUGUUCAAACUACUAGUACGAAAACAAUGUCGUCGCCAGUUAAAUUACCACCACCACUGCCACCACCUAGUAAACCAACAGGAGGAACAAUUAAAUCAUCUUAUAUUGGUAAUAUGUUGCCAAGUUUCUAUGAGCAAUUACCAGAGUCGAAAAAAAUGCUUUUACAAGAUGCAACUAUUGAUUCCUCAUCAAAUAGUCCAACAACUCAAGCAACAGCAGAUGCUUCAUCAAAAAAUCAAAUUGAAGUUACAUCACCGGGAAAAAAACAAGUUGGUCUAACAACUGAGCAUAUCGAAGGUCCUGGUGGCGAAGAAAUAAUUGAUGAAGAAAAUCGUUUACAAUUUCGUAAUACAACAAUAGCUCAACCGUAUAAGCGAUCAACUGGUUAUCAAAACACAAAACGAUAUUAUGAAAAUGAAGAGGACGAUGAUCAACAAAUGAGAAAGCGUGUUCGUCCGAACGAUGAUGACUAUUUAUCAGCUGGCAUGAAUCGUCAAUCACAAUAUGCAAAACAACAACAACAACAACAACAGCAACAACAACAACAACGUUACAGAAAAUAUGAAGAUGAUGAAGAAUAUGAUAUAAAUCAAGAUACACAACAGCAGCAACAGCAGCAACAACAGCAACAGCAGCAACAACAGCAACAGCAACAACAACAGGAUGAAGAAUUUCAACAAACAAUACGAGUACCAGCACGACGAGGUCGUCCACCAUCACAACAUCAUCAACAACAACAACAACAACAACAACAACAGGAAGAUCCAUCGAAAAAAUAUGCCCGUAUUAUACAACACUUUGAAGAACAACAUGGUUUAAAAUUAGGUGAUAUGCGUGUUUUUGCUCCUAAACUUCGUUUACGCAUAUCAAGUGUUAAUGUUAAUUGGAUUAAUUUACCACCAAUACCAAAAUUACCCAAUAAAGUUCAUCAAUCUUAA